AUGGCGCAUUGUGGAGUGGAGAAGACAAUACAGGGAAUCAAGGUUAACUACUGGUUUCUCUCUCUUAGAAAAAGAGUUCAGAGCUAUUUAGACAACUGCGUAAUCUGCUUGUUAGCCAAUACUUCAGCCCAUUUACGCGAAUACGAUCAAGCAUGGGAUACCCAUCUGGAUACUGUACAAUACGUAAUGAAUAAUACAUAUCAUUCCUCCGUCAAAGCCACCCCGGCUAAAUUACUAUUCGGUGUUGAUAUGCGCGACCAUCCGGAUGCGGAGCUGGUACGAUUCCUUAAUGAUUUCGCCAAAAUAGAAUUCGAUGUUCAAAACAAUCGAGACGCGACUCGGAAACUAGCUAUUGAAUCCACUAAUAAAAUCAAAGAAUAUAACAAGUCAUAUUAUGAUGAGAGGCACACGAAGCCCUCCUUAUACAAAUCUCGUGAUUAUGUCCUCAUCAGGGACACCACUACUAAACCCGGCGAGGAUAAAGAAUUAAAGCCAAGUUGUAAAGGCCCAUAUUUGGUUGCCAAAGUUCUCAACAACAAUAGAUAUGUUGUUCGGGAUAUACCUGGGUUUAAUCACUCAUCAAGACUCCCCGUAAACGCAAUAUUAUCUUCAGAUCGCAUGAAACCAUGGGUUAAACCAGUAGUCAGCCCUACGUGA